UUUUUUUCCCUCCCCCUCCUUUUUUUCCUGCUGCUCCGCCGGGUUAGAAGCAAAUCUCGGGGGCCGCGGAGAGAAUUCUUUUUUUUCGCCGUCGUCAUCGUUGCUAUUAUUAUUAUUUUUUUUUUAAUCUUCCUGCUUUUCCCGUUUUGGAUCUUAACCCUUUGAUCUGUUUCCUUUAAAAGACUCUUGACUCCCAUCGAGGGGAGAGGGAGGAGAAACAGAGGGGAGAAAAAAAGCCCUGAGCGAGUCGGUGCUCUCAGCUGGCGGCCGGGUUGGUGGGGGACAAAAGUCCCUUUAAAAUAUUGGAUGUCGGUGGUGAACCUCGGAAAAGAAAAAUCCAAUCCAGAGCGCUAAAUUUAGGAGCUUUAUAUGGAACUUGGACUCUGCUGCUGGAUUUUGUAUGGAUUUUUUUCAGCCUUUGGGAGGACAGACCCCGGUGUCCACCCCUAGACCUCUCUGAGCAACCAACGAGGCUUGUGGGAGACGUCGCCAAGAGGCUGCUGGCAGCGAUGGCCGAGAAUUGGAAGAACUGCUUCGAAGAGGAGCUCAUCUGCCCCAUUUGCCUGCACGUCUUCGUGGAGCCCGUCCAGCUGCCCUGCAAGCACAACUUCUGCCGGGGAUGCAUCGGCGAGGCGUGGGCCAAGGAGUCAGGCUUGGUGCGUUGCCCGGAGUGCAACCAGGCUUACAACCAGAAGCCCAACCUGGAGAAGAACCUGAAGCUCACCAACAUCGUGGAGAAGUUCAACUCCCUCAACCUGGAGAAGCCCCCCUCCAUCUUGCACUGCGUCUUCUGCCGCCGGGGCCCUCCGCUGCCAGCCCAGAAGAUCUGCCUGAGGUGUGAGGCUCCGUGCUGCCAGUCCCACGUGCAGACCCACCUGCAGCAGCCCUCAACAGCACGCGGCCAUCUCCUGGUGGAGGCGGACGAGGUGCGGGCAUGGAGCUGCCCCCAACACAACGCCUACCGCCUGUACCACUGCGAGGCCGAGCAGGUGGCCGUCUGCCAGUUCUGCUGCUACUACAGCGGGGCCCACCAGGGACACUCGGUCUGCGACGUGGAGAUCCGCCGCAAUGAGAUCAGGAAGAUGCUGAUGAAGCAGCAGGACCGCCUGGAGGAGCGAGAGCAAGAUAUUGAAGAGCAGCUCUACAAGCUGGAAUCGGACAAGCGGCUGGUCGAGGAGAAGGUGAGCCAGCUGAAGGAUGAGGUGCGCCUGCAGUAUGAGAAGAUGCACCAGAUCUUAGACGAGGACUUGCGGAAGACCAUGGAGAUCCUGGACAAGGCCCAGGCCAAGUUCUGCAAUGAGAAUGCAGCCCAGGUCCUCCACCUCAAUGAGCGCAUGCAGGAGGCCAAAAAGCUCCUCAGCUCUGUCCAGGUCAUGUUUGACAAGACUGAGGACAUCAACUUCAUGAAGAACACCAAGUCUGUGAAAAUCUUAAUGGACAGGACCCAGAACUGUACAGGUGGCAGCCUGCCCCCACCCAAAAUCGGCCACCUCAACUCCAAGCUCUUCCUGAACGAGAUCGCCAAGAAGGAGAAGCAGCUCAGGAAGUUGCUGGAAGGUCCUCUGAGCACCCCCGUCCCCUUCCUGCAGAGCAUCCCCAUGUACCCCUGCACCGUCAGCAACUCCGGCGCGGAGAAGCGCAAGCACUCCACCGCCUUCCCCGAGGGCAGCUUCCUCGAGCCAUCGUCCGGGACUGUGGCGAGCCAGUAUAUGAGCCAGGGCGCUUCGGCUGGCGAGGGGCAGUCUGCACAAGCCAUGGUGCCUUGUAGCUCCACACAGCACAUAGUUGGACUUCCCAGCGGCCCGCAGCCGGUGCACUCGGGCUCAGUCUUCAACCCAUCUCACUACCCCAACACCACGUCAUCUCAGCAGUCCGUGCUCUCCCAGUACGGCGGGCGCAAAAUCCUCGUCUGCUCCGUGGAUAACUGUUACUGUUCCUCCGUGUCCAACCACAGCGGGCACCAGCCCUACCCGCGGUCGGGGCACUUCCCCUGGACGGUUUCCUCGCAGGAGUACUCCCACCCGCUGCCACCCGCCCCCACCGUCCCCCAGUCGCUCCCGGGACUUGCCGUGAGGGAGUGGAUUGACGCAUCCCAGCAGCACGGGCGGCAGGAUUUCUAUAGGGUCUACGGCCAGCCGUCAGCGAAACACUACGUCACCAGUUAACCGUCACACUCUCUGGAGAGUCCCGUUCGAUGACGCGUUCGGAGAGAAAAGUCUGGUUUGAUUUGGCUUUUCUUUUUUUUUUUUUUCCUUUUAAAUCAAACCCAGUUUUUUCCCCGCCUCUCGCCCUUCCAGGAUUUUGGGGAGGGUUAUCUCUCAUCUUGCUCUCUCUCUGGUUUAUUUUUUAUGCUUUUAAAAUGAAAUAAUAAUGGUUUUUUCCUUUUAAUUCCUUUUUUUUAAUUUAAUUUUGGAAUGUCCUUCCUGCCCCUCGCUGGGAAAAUACGAGGGAGAAAUUACUGAGAAGAAAUUGAUGGGGAUUUCGGUCAGGCAUCUUGGUCUGCGCGUUGCGCUCUUCCUCACUCCUCUCUGCCUUUGGAAAACUUCAGAAGGGACAAUGGCACCUUCUCUCUUUCCAUUUCUCCAAGUUCAUCUUUUCUGGUUUGGUUCAGUUUUUCCCCUUUCCCCACCCCUCUCUUUCCCUUUUUAAAAAGAAAAAAAGAAA